AUGCCGGUGGCAAAGGGAGUUCAAACGUCUCUUUACUUGUCGGACUUCAGUAAUCUCGAUAUCAAUAGGGCUCUAGUAGCCUUGUUCGGACGAAAACUAAAGACGAUCCCCGCCUUCAACCGGAUGCGAGGUGAACAACUCCCACUCGUUAAGCUGCCAUACUCCAGCGACGACAUUACCGAAGCAAUGAACACCGAGAAGCAUGCCGCUAUGUAG